AUGCUGCGUUCCUCGCUGUACCGCGACCCCUGGGCGGCGCGCGAGGCGUGGCGCAAGCAUCCCGUCUUUUCCUCGCGCUUCCAGCUGCGCAACUUCUGGCCCGGCUUCGGCCUCGGCACGGCCGCCUUUGCCGUCUAUCUCGCCUUUGACAUGCUCGCACACCCCGCCAACGUCGAGAAGCUCGUCGAGGAUGCGCGCAAGCAACGCAAGGAGAUCUAG